CUCUACAAGCUGCGCACGCUGCUGCAGGCGAAUAUAACCAAGGACGACUAUCUGCCCAAGCACAUAUGCGAGCUGUGCCUGGAGCGUCUGGAGCACUUGUACGAUUGGCGGCAGCUUUGCAUGCGCAACGAGCAUAUGCUGCGUAACUAUGCCGCCUCCAUGCACACGGUCCGAGCAACCAUAGAUUUUCAGGACGGCACCGUUAACAUGGACAAGAUGACGGUGGCCCAGAAGAACGCAUACCUGGAGGCGCAUAUGGCCGUGCAGCAGCAGAUGGCACAGGCGGCCAUCCAAUUCAAGCAACAGCAGCAGAGCUCCGUGCAGCAGAGCUCCCCAACAGCCAAUAACAACAAUAACAACCAGAACAAUGGCAACAUGCAGCAGCAGCAACAGCAGCAGCAGCAGCAACAACAACAGCAACAGCAGCAACAACAACAGCAGCAGCAACAGCAGCAGCAGCAACAUUAUGCGGCCACCAUCAAGGUCCCACAGAUUAGUUCCUCCAGUUCGGCGGGCGGCGCUGCCGGCGCAGCGGGCGACAGCACCUUUACAGUGCCCGACGACGGCAUGGGCUUUGAGGGCGGCGUGCGUGUGCUGCAGAGCCUGGGCACCUGGUCAGCGGCGGAACAGCUCACCUACAAUAUACCAAAGCCGAAUCUGAUACCCUUCACCGAACCAUAUGUGGAGGGCGGCUCCAUGCAUCCGGCCAGUCGCCUGAAGGCGCUGCAACAAGUGCAGCAGGCCUCCUCCGGAGUGCGCAAAACAAAUCCCUCAAAGACCACCAAUAAGGCAUUCGAGUGCACCGUCUGCGGCAAGGGGCUGGCGCGCAAGGAUAAGCUGACUAUACACAUGCGCAUCCACACCGGCGAGAAGCCCUAUAUUUGUGAAGUAUGCAACAAGGCAUUCGCACGCCGGGACAAGCUCGUCAUCCACAUGAACAAGUUCAAGCACGUGACGCCCACCAAUAUUGCGCCGCUCGGCAAGCGGCUAAACAAUAUGGUCAAGAAGAAGGAACAACCAGAUCCGCCGCCAGAGGACAAUAAGCAGAGCCUGGAACUGCAGCUACAGCAGCAGGCCGUGCAGGUGGCCGCCCAGAAUAUUAUAGUGCAGUCGGCGCAGGGGGCGCCGACGGCAAUUCCGGGGAUCAUCAUACCACAUCACCAGCAGCAGUUGUCCUGGACGUGCGAGCUAUGUGGUCGCAUGUUUUCGAGCCGGGACGAGUGGUCCAUUCAUGCCAAGAGUCAUCUGGAGUAUUGACAACAGGAACGGUUAGUCGUAGAGUCCACAAAAACAGCAGCCGCCAUCGCUAAGAGCAACAGCAACAACAGCAGCA